AAUGGUUACCGCUCAAACAAUCAACUUGGAACGAAUGAGGAAAUAAUCUGGUACAUGACAAUCAUUAUUCCAUUCAAAUGCGCACCAGUAAACAAGAUGGCAAACUCAGAUAAGGAUAUCUCCUACUCUGACUUUAAGGUCCUCCUGACCAAGAGCAACAAGGGUCUUCUGGUGGUUGAUGUACGGACAAAAGAGGAGGUAGACAGAGGGCACAUUCCAGGAUCAAUCCAUAUUCCAGUUGACACAGUGGAGAGUGCCCUAGCGCUGGACCCUGCUGAGUUCCAGGCCAAAUACGGGGUGCCCAAACCCUCCCUGGAUACCCCUGAGCUGGUGUUUCACUGUCAGAUGGGCCGGCGAGGAGGCGUGGCCACAGACAAGGCACGAGGCCUUGGAUUCCGAAAGGCCGUCAACUAUGCCGGAGGAUACCAGGAGUGGUCUGAGAAAGAGGGGAGAUAAGUCGCACGAUUAACCUGCAUUAUGAAAGCAGAGCAUAAAAAUGUACUAAUGAUGCUCACAUUCUGCUGAAACAUGAAGUUGCUAGUGUAUUUUUUAUUAAAUUUUUCAUCACUUGCCUUUUUGCAACUUUUAUUUGUUAUUACAGAUGUGUUCUAUGUUUUAAAAUAAAGAUUGUACAAUUUGUUUUGUGUU